CUCUGUCAUACUCCCCCCGCCUUCCCCGCCACCUAACAUUCUUCUCCUCCCCCUAGGAGCUUACCCCGCUCCUCCUCCAAGCAGGUCUCCACUUCGCGUAAAAGCGCAUUGGGUGGUGGCCGCGCGCGCUUUGCUGCGCUUGCCAAAGGGUGGGGAGUCUCUGGAUCCCACUGGGCUGCUCCCCGACACCAGCACCGCUGCUCUCCUCCAGAGGCCCCGGCUAUCUCCAUCUGCCUUAAAUCCACGAUGGACGACGACAAGGAGGAUGUGGAAGAAGAGAAGCUGGAGGGAACCUCUCUUUCUGGCACACGGACAGUGCUUCAAGAUGGGAGCGGGCCUCAACCCUCUUCUCCAAAAAAACGGAAAUUGCUGGUCACUUCAGACAGAAAGGAAAAGAUCUCAGGAGAGGAAGGUCCUCCAUUUGAGGUGAAGAUGCUAAAGAGCCCAAUGGAUGACAAUGCUCUGGAUUCUUCAACCUUCCCAGAUGGGCUGUCAACACAGGAAGAGGGCUGUGAGGAAGAGCUGGUGAUUCGGAGGAGAGUCAAGAAGGAGAAAGACAAGGAAGAGGAUCUGGAAUUUGAGGUGGAGGUGCGGAGGGUUUCUGCAGAUGGGAAACGGGACUCGCCACGUGACGAGGAGGAGAUGAAGUUGGAGUCGGAGGAGCAGAAGACCCAAGAAUCUGAGGUGCAAAAAGUUACCAUCCCAAUAGAUGGGAGUUUGUCACCUUCCUCCUCCUCACGUCCGAACACCUGUGGCGUUUGUGGCAAGAGUUUCAGCCGCCGCUCAAACCUGGCCAAGCACCAGAUCAUCCAUACAGGCGAGAAGCCUUACCGCUGCAAUGACUGUGGCCGCAGUUUCAACCAGAGUUCAGCUCUCACCAAGCACCAGAGGACACAUACCGGGGAGCGCCCCUAUGUCUGUGGGGACUGUGGCAAAGCCUUCACGGCCAGCUCCAACCUCCUCCAGCACCGGCGCUUCCACACUGGGGAGCGGCCCUACCGGUGUGAGCUGUGCGGCAAAGCCUUCUCCCAGAGCUCCAACUAUAACCUUCACCGCCGCGGCCACACGGGCGUCACGCCUUACCAGUGCAGUGUGUGCGGCAAGCGCUUCACCGGGAGCUCCUGCCUUACCCGCCACCAGCGGACCCACACUGGCGAGAAGCCAUACCAGUGCCAGGAAUGCGGCAAGCGCUUCUCGGGGAGCUCCACCCUGGCCAACCACCGGCGCACCCACACCGGUGAGAAACCGUACGUCUGUGCGGAGUGUGGCAAGAGGUUCACCCACCACUCGAAUCUGGUGGACCACUGGCGCGUGCACACCGGCGAGAAACCUUACGUCUGCACUGAGUGCGGGAAGAGCUUCCGGCUCAGCUCCCACAUCAUUCGCCACCGUCGCACUCACGCCAAUGCCCGCAGCGCCAGCCCCCACCUGGGUGGUGUGCCCAGACACGAUGCCCUGUGUGCCAAUGCCAGUGUCCCUAACGGCCGCAAUGAUACCGAUGAGGAGGAGGGUGUGCGGCUCCUGAUCUGCAGCCAGUGUGGGAAAGGCUUCUGGCUGGAGUCCGGCCCUCAGGAGCAGAGCCAAGAAGGCUCAGUGCUGGGGGAGGGGCCCUAUAGUUGUACUGAGUGUGGUAACAGCUGUUGGACGUAGCCAGACGGCCACUGAGCCGGGCAACAGGGCCUCUGUAGCCCCCUAGGGUGUAGGACUGGAUCAGACCCUCCCCCCACCCCCAAAAUGGGGAGGAAGAUCUAUUGAUCCUUAAAUCAGUUAAGAGAUCAUUGGACUGAGGGAAGGGGAGGAGAUACAACGAAGCCCUGUACUUUCAUCUGUGAAAGAAUAGGCUUGAAAUGGCACUUGGAUGGAGUAGGCCUUGAAUCUGCUUCUGGAACGUUGUCAGCUUGUCCACAGAGUCACGCUGCUUCUUGCUGUGAAGGAAAGGAGUAAAUAAAACUGGAGGAGGUUGUGGAGUGGCAGUCCUAGAUUGCAGAGGAAGAUGGGUUGAAGCUAGUUCCUCAGGAGGGCAUUUGGAAAAAAUGCAGUCCUUUCCCUCUCCUGUUUCCCAUACUUUUAUUCUUACAACUUCUUCCUCCACACCCGCCCACCCCAAAAGAAAAAUGUCCUGCCCCUUGCUCCCUUUGUCUUGCCUUUCCAGGAAAGAGCAUUAGGUCAGUGGUCAAGGCUCUGAGGCAACAGCACUGAGAAUGCUGGUGCAACAGGUGAAGUCAACAUGAGGCUUGAGGUGUGGAUGUCUGUUGCCAGCUUCCCCUCCUGGCAGUGAAGAAUACCAUGAGGGAAUGAGGAAUAGGAUGUAUAUAAUGUAGAGGGUUUGAAUCCAGAGAAGACGGUGGCCUACUGUUUUGGUUUGACCAAGUGGGGGUGGGGGAGAGGUUUGUGUAUGUAUAUAUAAAUCUAUAUAAAUAUUA